AUGGUGCAUGGUGACGUGUGUGCCAGCCUCUCUAAGAAAGCUCCAUACCGAUACCCAGCACCCUCAGAACUUGACUGUCCCCCUAUCGGGUGGUACUCUGUGUCAGCCCUGCACACCACCAUGUCUGUGACCGCCUGCCAGGGCUUGGGGUUUGUGGUUUCACUGCUUGGGAUUGCAGGCGUCAUCGCCGCCACCUGCAUGGACCAGUGGAGCACCCAGGAUCUAUACAACAACCCGGUGACAGCUGUAUUCAACUACCAAGGGCUGUGGCGCUCCUGUGUCCGAGAGAGCUCUGGCUUCACCGAGUGCCGGGGGUACUUCACCCUGCUGGGGCUGCCAGCCAUGCUGCAGGCCGUGCGAGCCCUGAUGAUCGUGGGCAUCGUCCUGAGCGUCAUUGGCCUCCUGGUGGCCGUCUUUGCCCUAAAGUGCAUCCGUAUUGGCAACAUGGAUGACUCUGCCAAAGCCAAAAUGACACUCACCUCCGGCAUCAUGUUCAUCAUCGCAGGUCUCUGUGCGAUCGCUGGAGUGUCUGUGUUUGCCAACAUGCUGGUUACUAACUUCUGGAUGUCCACAGCCAGCAUGUACACCAGCAUGGGGGGGAUGGUGCAGACUGUUCAGACCAGGUACACCUUUGGUGCAGCUCUGUUCGUCGGGUGGGUUGCUGGAGGCCUCACGCUGAUUGGGGGUGUGCUGAUGUGCAUCGCUUGCCGGGGUCUGGCCCCCGAGGAAACCAACUACAAAGCCGUCUCUUACCACGCCUCAGGCCACAACGUCGCCUACAGGCCUGGAGGUUUCAAAGCCAGCACUGGCUUUGAGUCCAACACCAGAAACAAGAAGAUAUAUGAUGGGGGUGCCCGCACAGAGGAUGAGGGACAGUCUCAUCCUUCCAAAUAUGACUACGUGUAG